AUGUCUUCGCGACGGCAAACACGACUGCUCGUCUUCUUUGCGCUGCUAAUCUUCUCCUCUGUUGCCGCCGCCGUCACUACUUCUGACGCGCCAAGCGAUGCCGAUCACCAAACUGCACCGCCGGCCGCCGCGCGGCACGCGGCGUGCGGUGGUCCGGCCGUGGGAGGCAGAUGCCACAGCGUCGCCAGGGCGCUCCGCCUGAAGCUGAUCGCCAUCCCGACGAUCCUCGCCGCCAGCGUCGUCGGCGUGUGCCUGCCGCUGUUCUCCCGCUCCGUGCCGGCGCUCCGCCCGGACGGCAACCUCUUCGUCGUCGUGAAGGCAUUCGCGUCGGGGGUCAUCCUCGGCACCGGGUACAUGCACGUGCUCCCGGACUCGUUCAGCGACCUCAGCUCGCCGUGCCUGCCCGCGAAGCCCUGGGCGGAGUUCCCGUUCACGGCGUUCGUCGCCAUGCUUGCCGCUGUGUUCACGCUCAUGGUGGACUCGCUGAUGCUCACGCUCCACACCCGUGCGGGCGCGGGGCGGGCCAACGGCGCCGCCGUCGCGCACCACGGCCACGACGGAAGCCCUGUGGUGGUGCACGGGCACUGUCACGCGCCGGGCCAACCAGACGUCGCGGCGCUGUCGACGACGGAGGCGGCGGACAAGGGCGGCGACUUCGAGGCGGGCAAUACCAACACGCAGCUGCUCAGGAAUCGCGUCAUUGUGCAGGUUCUGGAGAUGGGAAUCGUGGUGCACUCGGUGGUGAUCGGGCUCGGCAUGGGCGCGUCGCAGAACGCGUGCACCAUCCGGCCGCUGGUGGCGGCGCUCUGCUUCCACCAGAUGUUCGAGGGGAUGGGCCUCGGCGGCUGCAUCCUGCAGGCGGAGUACGGCGCCAGGAUGAGGUCGGCGCUCGUCUUCUUCUUCUCUACCACCACGCCGUUCGGCAUCGCCCUCGGCCUGGCGCUCACCAGGGUGUACAGGGACGACAGCCCGACGGCGCUGAUCGUCGUCGGCCUGCUCAACGCCGCCUCGGCCGGGCUGCUGCACUACAUGGCGCUGGUGGAUCUCCUCGCCGCCGACUUCAUGGGGCCCAGGCUGCAGGGCAACGUCCGGCUCCAGCUCGCCGCGUUCCUCGCCGUCCUCCUCGGCGCCGGCGGCAUGUCCGUCAUGGCCAAGUGGGCUUGACCCGCGUCAGAAUAGGUUUCGAAGACACGUGCAUCAGGUGAAGGUGACAUUGUAUAUGCUACGACAUGCGCGCGAUAUCGCCAUGGAUCGUUGCCGUGCGCGUAUAUCGGUCUCGACGGCCACUUUCUCUGUAACCUUUCGCUUGAA